UCUUCAUUGGUCUUCCAGCCUUCUAUGACGUGUGUAGUCCGUUGGAUUACCUGACAAACGCUACUGCUUUAUCUACCCGUCAAUCACUUAUUGUUUUUGUUUUUUUACUUAACAAGGGCCUCUUUGAUUAAGAAAAUUUGAUUCUAAACCGAUCGACAACCGUUUCAGAACGGCGUUUGGCCAUUUGUGGGCGUCACGUGUUAUUGGGCUUGUCGGAUGGCGACACGACAUUCCCCGACAUGGUAUUCUCAUCUAGGUGUUCCACUCAUCAUCAUCAUCGCACUCAACGUUGUCGAAAAAUUGUCUCAGUCCAUGCAACCGGAUCAAAAUGAAUUUUACAAUGAGGAGCGUUACAUGACGACGGCGGAUAUUAUUCGCAAACGUGGAUUUCCUUUAGAAGUCCAUCAAGCAGUGACGGAAGACGGGUAUAUCCUUGAACUUCACCGGAUACCUUACGGACGAAAUGGACUUUCACCCAACAAUCAAUCGAAACCGGUUUUUUUGCAGCAUGGUCUUUUAUGGAAUGAUCACGCUUGGAUGAUGAACCCUACAAACAGUUCACUAGCUUUCAUUUUGGCGGAUCAUGGCUAUGAUGUGUGGAUGGGAAAUUCAAGAGGUAACAGUAAUUCCAGGAAGCACGUAUCGUUGGAUCCGGAAAAAACAGACUAUUGGAACUUCACGUGGGACGAGAUGGGUCGUUUCGACAUACCUGCCAGUAUUGACUACGUUCUUAAUAUCACUGGGCAAGACAAAUUAUCAGCCUAUAUCGGAUAUUCUCUUGGCUGCACACUCUUCUUUAUAGGCGCAAUUGAUAAACCAAAAUUGAAUAACCAGGUUGAAAUGAUGAUUGGGCUCGGACCAACGGCCAGUAUCGCUCACUUGGACAAUUUUUACCGUUAUUUGGGAAUGGUUGUUAAAAUUUAUCACUUCUUGGUUCGCAUGACGUGCACAGCAGUUUUGCAUUCCAACGAUGGACUUUCCCACAAUUUGCUGAAAUUCUUUUGUGACUCCGGACGAUUUGGUGCCAAUUUAUGUCUGCACUUGCUCUUCCAGAUUUUCGGAUAUUCGCAAUCAUAUUACGUGUCCGCCCUAAACGCCAUAAUUGGACAUUAUCCGGAUGGAACGUCCAUCGGAGCUGCCGUACAGUUCCUCCAACAUUCAACUUCCGGUGAAUCAUUCCAUCACUUUGACUACGGUUGCCAUGAAAACCGGAGACGUUAUGGAACUUGCACUCCAGCACACUACGACCUAAGUCUUGUUACGGCCCCUGUCUACCUAAUGAGCGGGGAUCAAGAUCCGAUAGCACCGCCUAAAGACGUGCAGUGGUUGGCGACCAAACUGGGCAAUUUGAAAUCUUCCAUAGAGAUUGAGAGUCCAUUCACCCACGGCGAUUUCUUGUGGUCAACGCGAGCCACUGAGCUAGUUUACCUACCCAUCAUUAGCCUUCUUUCAAAGUCCCAUCUCACUAGUUCUGUAUAAUUUACCACUUUAAUUCCAUAAGAAAUUUUAUGCGCUCAAUAUUAAGUUAAUUACUUUUAGCAGUGGAAGGCAUCGAGGCAAGCAAUCAGGAUAAAAACGAAUAAAUAGGAAAAGCUAUAGACUAGCAAACAAAACUUGCUGGAGCUCACCGAUGUACAUCAAUUGAUGUGUCAUGCAUUAAAGCUCAAACUGUGUUGACAAAAAACCUAUGUAAAUAAGGAACUAUUCAAAAUUGUAGUCUUUGAAUUGAGAUGAA